AUGGAGGCGGAGUCGGUGCAAUAUCUGUCUCCCGGGCAAGUCGCCCUUGGACAGGCUCAUGAGUCGCUGCUCGAGGAUAACGCCGAUCGCUGGGUUAUGUUCCCUAUCCGCUACGAAGCGCUAUGGGCUAUGUACAAGCAGAUCGAGAACAAUUACUGGGCGGCGGAGAACUUCCGCUUCAAUGACGACCGACAGAUGCUCUCGAGCCUUGACGGCGAGUUGCGCGAAUGCAUGGUUAAGCUCAUCAGCUACCACGCUAGGCUUGACUACCGCCAGGGUGCUCGCCCAGCGGAGGUGACGCUGAACCUUCUUUCCGAAACCCAGUUGCCCGAGGCACGGGCGUUUUACGGAUUCCAGGUGUCCUACGAGAACAUCCACAGCGAAGUUUUUGGAGCCAUGGCGAUGGAAAUAUCAGGCUCCGCGGAUGUUGCUGAGGGCGAUGCGAAGAUCGACUGGCUGUCGGCCAAGUUUGCCUCGGCCGAGUGCUUCUACAUUAAGGUCUUCCUGCAGUGCAUUUCCAAAUGUCUAUUCCGUUCUGCAUUCGGCAUAAUCAAGGACUACUUGAAGAUAAGCCGUUUGCUGCCCAUGUAUGUAUCCGCACUUGAUGCUGUGGAUACCGACUUGGGGAUCCACCUGAAAUUCGCGGCAGCAGCGCUUGCGCAGCUGAAAUUGCGCGUCUCUCGGGACGUGCUCCUCUCCCUGCUGAAUGAGGCACUUGACCUGGAGAUUAAGUUUUGCCACAGCGUGCUGCCGCUUGGCAAGCUUGGAUUGUCUGAGGGCCAGGUUUUGCAAUACGUCCAGAACAGCAUGAACCAGUGUCUGUUGAUCGCUGGUCAGCCAGAAGCCCACCGCAUAGAGGCCGACUUGGCAUGGCUGAACCCGCCGACCAUCGACGUCACCAUCACUGCCAAGCAGGUUCAUCAGAGCAAACCCAAGAUAGCACCAAUGGUAGAGGCAUCGAUAUUAUUUUGUGAGUUGGUCGCGUCGAAAGGCUCUAGACGCGGUCCACGGCCCUGGCGAUCAGACAAAGCUCUUUACUUCGAAGAACGAGCUGAUGUAGUAUAUCUGGCAGAAGCAGAUGACGAUGAGGAAUAUCAGUUGGCAGGUGGACCAUCUGAUGAUCCUGACGUUCAUGUCAUCGAUGAUGUCGGAGUACAACUGUUCCCUCGAGCUGUAGGUCUCUGUACGGUCUACGAUGACGUGGGUGUUCUCCAGCAACUUCUCAGCGAAGGUAAUCAGUUCGUUGGCGUCUUCAACGGUGGAGAGCUGAGAGAGGUCCUUGUUGAGGGUCGUUUCCACCCUGUAGUUGAAAACCACAGUGUUCCUCGAGUAGGACUUAUUAGCGGUUUAACGGCGGCUUCGUCCGGCACCGAUUCAGCUGAUCUGCAACACAUGACGCUCAAACAUUUGCGCGGUGUCAUACCCGGUGAGUUUCUCGCCGCGGCUGGCAAAGGUCGUGAAGCACUGCGUCUCGUUGGCGGCCAUGAUCAUUUGCGUGCCUUCGAUAAGCGCGGCCGCCGCCAGCACAAUAGCCGCGGUAGCGACUAA